UAUAGGCCUAGCACUUGACCAAAAAAGUGUACCGAAUUGUCGAAUUUGUUUGGUCAGUCUGUCCUUCUUGCUAUGCCACACGUACGUCCACCAAUUAUACUGACAAAACUGUUCAGCUCUCAGCUCAUGAAUGUUAAUUAAGUCACGCCGACGCUGCUUGGUAAAUUUCCACGGGGCUCCAGCUAAGUAAGCUAUUUAAUAUUCAUAAGUCCAGUCUCCUCCAAAGCAGGGUUCCGCAAACCGGACAGUGAAGCCACGCCCCGUCGCCGCUGCUUGUAUGUUCCAGUCCAGCAUCCCUGAUGAUCAGUGACUGCAGGACGUAUUUGACCUCGAUUUCAGGAGGACGACACCCACAUCGCUUUACAAUUUACAGCUAAUAAAAUUAUUGACCAUGGCAAACCGAGGCCCCAGUUACGGACUGAGCCGUGAGGUGCAGGAGAAGAUUGAGCAGAAAUAUGACCCGGAGCUGGAGUCUCGACUGGAGGACUGGAUUGUUGCUCAGUGUGGAGGAAACGCGGAAAAACCACAACCAGGAAAACAAAACUUUCAGAACUGGUUAAUGGAUGGCACUAUCCUCUGUAGACUCAUUAACAGUUUGUAUCCACGAGGUAAGGAGCCUAUAAAGAAGAUCUCAGAGACUCAGAUGGCCUUUAAGCAGAUGGAAAAGAUCUCGCAGUUCCUUCAGGCAGCUGAAGCGUAUGGAGUAAUAACCACAGACAUUUUUCAGACAGUGGACUUGUGGGAAGGAAAAGACAUGGCAGCUGUCCAGAGAACACUAAUGGCGCUGGGUAGCGUGGCCAUAACAAAGGACGAUGGACAAUACAGAGGAAACAGAGAAUGGUUUCACAGAAAGUCUCAAGGCAACCGGAGAGAGUUUUCUGAGGAGCAACUGCGCCAGGGUCAGAAUCUGAUUGGUUUACAGAUGGGCAGUAACCGCGGGGCAUCUCAAGCUGGCAUGACUGGUUAUGGGAUGCAUCGGCAGAUUAUGUAAAGCUAUACCAGUGCCCAGCAACCUGCCUAAAACACCCAGAAGACCUUAAACCCCCUCACACAGUCCUUUACCAAGCAGUGUUUCUUGAAGGUGCAUCUGUUUGAUGACGAUAUGAUGAAACUGAAGUUUUAAAGGGAUAGUUCACCUAAAAAUAAAACAAUUUCUCAUGAUCAGGGUGUUUCAAAGAUGAGUUCAGGAUGAAUUACUUUUACUGAACUUCUAUUGAAGAGUUGGAAGUUUGAAACCAUUAACUUCCAUAGUAGAAAAAAAUACUAUUGAAUUCAAUGGUUACUGGUAUGCAACAUUCUUCAAAGUAUCUCCUUUUGGGGAUAAAAGAAGAAAAUCAAAGUGGAUGGAGAUUACACCAUGACAUUUGACUUUUUUUUUUUUGGAGUUGAACUAUUCCUUCAAGACGUUAAAGCAUUCUAGAUACAGUAUGUUUAAUAUAAGUUGGGAUUGCUAAGCUUGUGAGAAAAAUCACUUUAUUUAUUUGUAUAUGUAUGCAGAUAGUUAGUAACUAGUAAUUAUUAAAGAUUUAUCUAAGCAAUUUGCCUUCUUUAUGAGCGAAGUGUGUGUUGAUACAUCAAAUAACAGACCGCAGCUGUUUACUAUAGUGUUUGAAUGUACAGUAAAGGACGUGUACUGUUGUUAUUGCCAGGUUUUAGCAAAACGGAUGUCAAUGCACAUAUUAGCAGGAAGUACUGUAUGCAGAUUAAUAGUAGUCAUAAAUAGUAAAGAUAUAUUUGUUUGUGUUGUCCAUCAGUGUUGUUGUGUGUGAACAUUCCAUGUGGGUUUCAAUAAGCUCGGUUUUGGUGACCAUGUUUGAAAAUGUUUAAUAAAUUGUUAUCUUAAAUUGA